CUCGCCCCGGCCACGGCGCCGCCCUGCUCGCCGGCCCCGCUCCUUCGGGGCAGACGGACUGACGGCCAGCACCGCCCGCUCCGGGAUGGGCUCACGCACGGGAGUGAAAAUUGGUUUUUAAUAAUAACAAUGACAAUAAUGGCUCCUAAUGGGAAUUUUUGAAGUAUGCAAAGAUGGGAAGGUGAUGCAGGCAAAAUGCGAAUUAGCAACGAAGGCUGUGAAUGCUACGGGCUUCCUCUUGCCUAUUAAACAUCGGGAUCACCAGGUCCUUGGGAAGGGAAUGAAAAGAACGUCGAAGCAGUAUUCUGAAGUCUCAGGAAGCUGGCACAGUUAAAUGUUCAUGGCCCAUGAGAAAGUCAUAUAAGAAACCAUGGCACUCCCUUUUCAAAAAGAGCUGGAGAAAUACAAGAACAUUGAUGAAGAUGAGCUUCUUGGCAAACUCUCAGAAGAGGAACUGAAACAGUUGGAAAAUGUUCUUGAUGACCUAGAUCCCGAGAGUGCACUGCUGCCAGCUGGAUUUCGACAGAAAGACCAGACGCAGAAAGCAGCCACGGGCCCGUUUGACCGCGAGCACCUCCUCAUGUACCUGGAGAAGGAGGCUUUGGAACAGAAAGACAGGGAAGACUUUGUGCCCUUCACCGGAGAAAAGAAAGGGAGAGUCUUUAUCCCCAAAGAAAAGCCCAUAGAAACUCGUAAAGAAGAAAAGGUGACCCUGGACCCAGAACUGGAAGAAGCUUUGGCCAGCGCCUCCGACACUGAACUCUAUGAUCUUGCAGCUGUUCUUGGAGUACACAAUUUGCUCAACAAUCCCAAGUUUGAUGAAGAAACGACCAACACGAAAGGCGGCAAAGGGCCUGUGAGAAAUGUGGUCAAAGGUGAAAAAGUCAAGCCAGUAUUUGAGGAACCACCAAAUCCCACAAAUGUGGAAGUAAGUCUACAGCAGAUGAAAGCCAAUGAUCCCAGCUUGCAAGAAGUCAACCUCAACAAUAUUAAGAACAUUCCAAUUCCAACCCUGAAGGAAUUUGCAAAGGCUCUGGAGACCAACACUCACGUGAAAAAGUUCAGUCUGGCCGCAACCCGCAGCAAUGACCCUGUGGCAAUUGCCUUUGCAGAUAUGCUAAAAGUAAACAAGACCUUGAAAAGUCUAAACAUAGAAUCCAAUUUCAUCACUGGUGCUGGGAUCCUGGCCCUUGUAGAGGCACUAAAGGAAAAUGACACCUUGAUCGAGAUCAAGAUCGACAACCAGAGACAGCAGUUGGGAACAGCCGUGGAGAUGGAAAUUGCCCAGAUGCUGGAGGAGAAUUCCAGGAUCCUCAAGUUUGGAUAUCAGUUUACCAAGCAAGGACCACGAACAAGAGUGGCAGCUGCCAUCACAAAGAAUAAUGACCUGGUUCGUAAAAAGCGAGUUGAAGGUGACCGAAGGUAAACUUCCACAAAAAGAGGUGAAGUUUCCCCACGGCAGCACUUUAAAAACAGAAGUUCUUCUCCUUCUUCAUUGGGACCAUUUUAUCAAAGGUUGUUCAUUUCCAUUAACCAAGCAACUAGUAAUUUAAUUGUUAUUCUUUUUUAGUACUACAUAUUUGUCUUGGAUUUUUUAACAUAUGCAACAUAUGUUUUAUUUGCCCCUGGACAUCUCUGGCGACUUGCACUAAUGGAUUUAUGCAGAUCUUAGUCAGUGACAGCAAUCAAAAAUGAUUUAACCAUUUUCAUACUGGGUUGUCUUGCUUUCUUAUGUGAACUUUUUUUUUAACCAUUGAAGGGAACUUAAUAUAUAAAUGUGUUUGUAACUGUGAUUAAGAUAGAGGCCUACCUCUGUUUACAUGCAUAGCUUUGAGUUAGGCUAAAUACAUCAGAAGUGUUCCUCUGACCACAUAAGAUAAGUUAGUAUUGCCAAUCUUUCACUGAGUGAGAAAAUGUGACCAGGUUAGCACAAAUUCUCCCUUAGUUCCAGAAAAGUCACUAAAUGCAAAUGCCCUGCUGGUUGAAGAUCAGUGGUGUCAUCCUCGUAAAAAGAAGACAGCGUUAUGAUACAUAAACACAGCUUUAGCAAAUAAGUAUGAAAUAUUUAUUCACCCACAAAUAUAGCUUUAAGCCAGACUCACGGGUAGCAAAAUGAAUUAGCUACUUUUACUGAUUAUUCCACAUACAUUCAAUCUUUAACAUCACUCUAUGGAUAACAUUUUACAAAACUGUUUUAAAGUUUUCCAGCCAUGAUGGGAAAUUUUUAAAUUUUAGUCAGAGGAAAGCUUUUCAAAUAGUACAUUCCUAAAUAAAACAGUAAUAAUCGCACCUUAAGGUUAUCUACUACACACGAUUACAUUAUUUUGGCAGAUUUUAGAAGCAUUUAUUGCUUUGUCUUUAGGGCAACAAGAUCACAGGAUGAAAUAUAAAUGUUUGUGUAGAUUUUGUCCACAUGGCAAGAUCCAUCCAGAUAUUUGCAAACAUCAGGGAAAAAAUGUGAAUUAUUAUUUAUCCAGAGUUUGUUAUCUCAAGGACAAAGCCUGUGAAAGUACAACUGAGAUGACUGCCUGAUAGAUGUUUCAUCCAGCAGCCAAUAGUGUGAUGUUAAGCUAAGGAAAUAUGUGACUGCAGCCUUUGGCACCCGCUCUUUGAUAACUGUCAGUGCCUGAGGCUAGAAUUAAUGGCCCUCUGAUACUGCCUUAGGCUCCUCUCCCUCCUCUUCCCCCUCCUUUCCUUCCAAUUCAUUGUCUUUCUUCUCUGUAAUUCUGAGCCUUGUAAAGGUGAUGUCCUUUGUCUUGAUGACACCUGGGGCUAAAGGAGUUGCUGAGUCAGGCAGAACAUGGGCCCAAUGAAGAAUUCACUAAGUAAUUGAGUGUUCCUGAGUUGCUUGAUAGCAAUAAAACAAAUAAAUGGGAAAACAACUCAUACAUUAUUCUAGUUAGUUUAUAAAACACACAGAAACUGGAGAGAAAGUCCUUUCAUUAGCCACAAAAUUCUGUUGGGUUUUUCCAUAAUAUCUUUUCUACCAACUUUUUUGACCUUUGAACAAACUUUUUGACCAACCCAAUAAAAUUAGAUAUUUACUUGUAAGUGCCCACAUCUCUAGCUCUAAAAUCUUUUGAAAAAAGAAAACAA